CGCGUGUCUUCAUACGUCUCAUAAUAAACAGAUGGCUGCUGUUGCUUGCUCGUGUCAUCCAAGGUUGCGUCAGAAUUGUGCACAUUGACUUUCCCUUGUAGCCAUGGGUGUACAUGCAAACCGUGCGAAUUCAAAGACUGCUAUUUCCUCGAUACAAGAAUGUUGGCUGUGAGGUGUGGAAAAUCCCAAAUAUGACUUGAAGAAGAGACGCUAUUUAAAAAAACAAACAAAGCAGAAGGAUGGCUUUUUCGAAGAGCAAAUUACUUUGGCAGUCCAAAUUCUGGACGUAUGUGCUCCUUUUUGUAGUAUGUCUUCCUUCACUUGUAUCUGCAAGUAAAAAGAGCUCGCGCAUGAAAGAAACGAUAAGUAACACAGAGCUUUUGUCUGAAACUGAUGAUGAAACUCUGCUGAUAUCAACCUUGGAUGGUGCCCUUCAUGCCAUUACCAAGUCCUCAGGAGCUCACAAGUGGACACUGAAAGAUGAUCCUGUAAUAAUAAAUCCAACAGAUUCUUCUCAGCCACCCAUCCCACAGUUCUUCCCCAAUCCUCAAGAUGGGUCAUUAUAUAGGUACACUUUGGGUCGUGGAAGAGAUCCACUGAAGAAGCUCCCAUUCACCAUCCCGCAACUUGUGGCAAAUUCACCAUGCCGUUCCAGUGAUGGCAUUUUCUACCUUGGCAAAAAAACUGACUCAUGGGUCGGAGUGGACUCAAUCACUGGUGAGAAGCAGCUUGUGUUGGGGAUGGAUAUUGUAGACCGAAAGUGCCCUAAACCAUCUCGUAAUACUGUCUACUUUGGUCGCACUCUUUAUAACAUCAUUCUGUAUGAAGCAUCAACUGGAAAUAAGUGGAACAUCAGUUUCUCAGAAUAUGCUACAAGUGGCUCUUCAUCAACAGUGCAAGAUUAUGAUUUGGUUCACUACACAUCAACUGGUGAAGGAUCUAUCUUGACUGUGGAUCAGAUGACUGGUUCUCUCCUCUGGACACUGGAUCUACAAUCUCCAUUGGUUGCAAUGUACCAGCUUGGACCUGAUGGAGGACUACAGGCUGUUCCAACAACUACAGUUGCACCGCAGACCUUGAAUCAUUUUACAAAAGAAUUCAUGCACCUUACACAUCAGUCUCAAGAUGGUUCUGAUGGUCUCCUUAUAAAAAAACUCAGUCCAACAAUCUACAUUGGAGAGUGCAGCUCUGGUGUGUAUGCAUUGCCAGCACUAGUGGAUACAAACACAGUAACUAUUUCACGCAAAGAGUCUCAGUUGCUCCUAGAAGGCCCUCCUGGCUUUCGAGGUACACUAGGUUCUCGUCCAUCACAAACAGCAAGUGAUGCAGAAGAAGAAAAGAAACCUGAUGUACUAUUACUUGGGUAUUAUGAAGUACCAGAGAAAGUGAAGGCAGACCUGGCUAAGGCAACACCAGAGGAAUUAGCUGAUUUUAAUAAUCAUGUACUGCCCUUAGGCAUCACUCAUGAGAAAAAUGAAAGUAAUACAGCAGAGACAACAACUUAUCCUGGCCAAAAAUCCAAAGAGGAAAGGAAUCAUUUAAUUUUAGAGGGCAUGGAGCAAAUAAAAAAGAUGAAUUUUAGUUUUAUAGCUUCAGGAAAAAUGAUCAGAUGGUGGGGAGCCAUUUUUCAAGUAGCAUAUGGAUGGCUUUUUGCUGAUCCUAUCAACCUGCUGGUAGUGAUUCUUAUUUUAGGCCUUGGAGGAAUAGGCAUUCUUCUUUACAAACAGGCCAAGGAUUAUGCACGUCUAUCCCAAGAAAUGUCAUCUCGUAGACUUUGGUCCCAAGGGUCCAAUAGUUCAUCAGGUGGUUCAUCCACCAAUGUCACUGCACAAGUGGAAGAAUUAGAAGAUGGAUCUGUUCGUGUAGGGAAAAUAGAGUUUGAUCCUUUGCAGCUACUUGGUAAAGGAUGUGAUGGAACCUUUGUAUUUCAAGGCUCGUUUGAUGGACGCUCUGUUGCAGUGAAGAGAGUGCUUCCAAGGUGCUUCUCUAUCGCUGAUCGAGAGGUAGACCUUCUUCGGGAAAGCGAUCAGCAUCCUAAUGUGAUUAGAUAUUUUUGCACUGAACAGUGCCGUCAGUUCCGGUACAUAGCAUUAGAGCUGUGUAGUGCAACGCUUGAAGAUUUUGUGCAGGGGCGAAUUAAAGCAGAUAUCAGUGAUCAUACCAUCCUGCAUCAAGCGACAUCAGGCCUGCAACAUCUGCAUAACCUUGACAUUGGUGAGUGUUUUAGGAGACCACACAAUGUUCUUCUCUCAAUACCAAAUAAUCGUGGCCAAGUCCGUGCCAUGAUAUCUGAUUUUGGAUUGUGUAAACGGCUAGAAACAGGCCGAAUGUCCUUUUCAAGAAGGUCAGGCAUCACUGGUACUGAAGGAUGGAUUGCCCCUGAAAUGAUGCUACAUACAUCUCGACCAACUUGUAAAGUUGAUAUAUUUUCACUUGGGUGUGUGUAUUACUACCUCUUAACAAAGGGAAAACAUCCAUUUGGCUCUGUCCUUGAUAGACAGUCAAACAUCAUAUCAGGGAAAUAUCUACUUGAUGACCUAAGUGAUGAAAAAGAUGUCUGCUGUAGGAUUCUAAUAGAAAAAAUGAUUAGCAGCAAAGCAUCAGAACGCCCACCCAUAUCUGCCAUCCAAAAACACCCAUUCUACUGGAGUAAAGAGAAAGUUCUAGGUUUCUUCCAGGAUGUGAGUGAUCGUGUAGAGAAAGAAGGUGGAGACAGUUUGGUUGUGAUGAACCUUGAGCGAGGGAAUUUAGAUGUGGUUCGAGGAGACUGGCGUCAACACAUGCAUGCUGUCAUUGCAGAAGACCUUCGCAGAUUUAGAGAUUAUAAAGGAUGGUCUGUCAGGGAUCUCCUCAGAGCUCUUAGAAAUAAGAGAAACCAUUACCGGGAGCUUAAGGAGGAGGCCCGAAUAGUGUUUGGGCGCAUUCCAGAUGAGUUUGUAUCAUACUGGACAGACCGGUUUCCGAAAUUGCUCAUCCAUACUUGGAUUGCAAUGCAUUGUGUCAAGUCAGAACCUAUAUUCACAAAAUAUUAUGAUACUUUUUAUAACUUUUUCCAGGCUGAGGACUCUGACUCUGAAGUUGAAGAGGCAAUUCAGGAUGAUUUUUUGCAUGAAAAUUAUAGCUUCGCUCCCAAUAACCCCCACUGGACUGGGACCCCAAGAAUGUGGCCUGGAAGUAGUGUGCAAGAACAACAGAAUCCCUCCUACACCAUCUUGGAUUCUUUUAUAAAGAGAAGUCCUGGUAAAGGCACUAAUAACAGGGACAGUAAAGAAGACAAAACACCUGUCUGGGUAAUUCGCAAACCUCAUAAUACCUUUGAGCCUAGGUUCAAAGCAUCUGAAGUGAGGAGUCCAGGGAAUAUCGAUGGUCCAUGGAGAAGACUGCCAGAAGAAGCAAGGGAAAAGGAAAAGCUUCAGGAGAUCAGAAUUGAAAGUACAAGUGCUUCAAGCUUAUAUGAAAGGUCUGAAGAAUUAGAAUCAACAGAAAUUGUGAAUCCUACAAGCCAAGAAGAGAAAAGUCAGGGCUGUGAUGAUAAGUUAGAUAACAAAUCUUGUAUUGAUAUAGAUAAUCUUCAAGAUGAAGGGAGCAAAAUAGAAGAAAUUCCCCAAACUGAAAAAGGCAUCCCUGAUAAUAACAUCCAAGCUUGUUUGCCAGAGAAGCGAAGAGAUGCUUCUCAGUUGCGAUUCCGCCCAGUUAGAACAUCCCCAGAGAAACUGCCACCUGAGCCUGAUAAACAGAUCAAAAUAGUGACUGGCACGGGCAAAAAGAAGAAGACAAAAAAUAUUGUUAUAGGUGGAAAUGAAUGAUCGUAACCUAGUUACUAAACCCAUGAUGUGAAAGUUGGCACUUAGAAAUACAGUCUUUUAAUUUUAAUUUCCAUCAGAUGGAUUAAAUUAAAACUCAUUGCCUGCAGUCAAUCUUAUUUUCUCAUACUAUGAUUUAAUGUAGGAAGGAGUAUAUUUAAAAGAAAUUUAUGGAACAGACUUUUUUGUAACAAGUAAAGUUGUGUUGGGAUUUGCAGCAAAGGGAACAAAUGACAUGACAAGGAGAUUAGUUCAGUUUUAGAAGUUUUGGAAUACAGCCUUACUGUUUAAGGAAGGUAUAUAUUGCUUUGACAUAACUGUACUGUAAAAUAUGGUGGGGACAGAUAUCUGGUAAUAAGUGGACUACCAUUCCAUUAUAAUGGCUAUAAUCAAUGUGUUUCUUUAUGUGAUGGGAUCUCUCAUAUAUUUAUUUAGAGUAUUCUUAUAUAAUGUUAAAAAAAAUAUGUCAUAUGAUACAUAAAACAAAUGAGAGCCUAUUUUUUUUUGUUGUAUGCAGUUUGGAAACAAAAAAAUAACAGUAAUGAAUGUCUUUAUUUGAUACCAUAAUGUCAGUGAUGUGCAAUUUUGUUGUUCUGUUGGUUAUGUUAAAAAAAAUUGAUUCCUUACAAUAGUUUGAAAGUUCUGAAAUCUUUUCCUUGGUAAAUGUUAAAUACACUGAAUUCAUUACAAGGGAUUUAGUGUUUGAAGAGUCAUUUGUAAGCAACCAUAAAAAGUAGAAUGUCAUAGGUUUUGUGAACAAACAUUUUAUACAGUAGUAAUAAUACUGAUAUACAAAUAAUUAAAAGGAUAAUAUAGUCUCUUCUUUUUCAUAUUCUUAAUCUUCCUCAUGUAACUAUUACUAGAUACAAAGAGUUUAUUUUUAACUUGAAUUUGUUUAGUGAUUAAACAUAUUUCAAAGCUUUUUUGAUACAGAUGUUUGUAUAUCAUUCUGUAAUUUAGCAUGACAGCUUUCAUGCCAAUGUGAAAAAUGUUCAGUAGAUAUUUUUGUUAUUACUUACUGUUUGUAGAACAUUUUAGAUCCAUGAUGAUUUUAUGAUCUCAAUUUUCUUGAUAUAAUAAACUAUCAUUUCAAGGUAUGUUGUAGUUAUGUGCCUACUAAAUUCUGGAAGAGCUGUUUGUGAAUUAUGCCAAAGUAUUCAAAAUAUUUUAGUCAUAGAAAUAUUGUUUGGGGAUGAGAAAUUCAUAGUGAAUAGUUUAAAGCUAUAGUACAGGUUCUUCUCUAGUUUUGGAAGAGGCAAGUACUCAAGUAGUGGUAAAAAAUAGCCAAAUUAUACACAAAUUGUGCUAAUAACAUCAGGAAUGCCAGAUAACUUUAAGUUGAAAAAUAUGGUGCAUGAUGCAGUAUCUGUGGAAUAUUGCUAGCAGAUAGGCUAUACUAGAAGUUUGGAUAAUCAGAUGGUGGUUGUAGAUGGUUUCUUUUAUGAGGGUUAGCUCAAUAAUAAUUAUACUCUGCUACUUCCUUUCUAUAAAGCCUAACCAGAUUUUUGUUCAUUGUCUUUGAUGGUUACUAUUUUUGUUAUUGUUUAGGGAUGAGUAACAUGUUUCUUAUAUAUUCAUAUAAUUGAUAGUUUGUUCCAGCAAAAAUAAAAUUAUUUUUGCUUACCUUGACAAUAAUGAUAGAGCCACAGAAGUUGGUGCUGUUAUGAUUGUGAGAAUAUAUUCUUAUUUAUUAAUAAUACUCUGGAGAAAAGAUCUGCAGAGUGCUAGGAUUUUACUCAUGCUUAUCGGUGAAAUUAUUUUCUUCAUAUUAAAAAAAUAAAUAAAAACAGGAGAGAAACUACACAUAAUGGACAAUUGCUACAGAAUGUUCAGUACUUAAUCACAUUUUGUAUCAACUUCAUCAUAUUUAAAUGUAACAGACAUUUAUUUAUUUUUCCUAGAGCUUCUGUGUACAGCGGUUUAUAACAUGAUGUGGGACAAGAAUGCUGUCCUUGCACAUUUUUUAGACUUGUCUUUUUCUCAUGUGUUUUAAAUAGUGUUAUGUUUGUUUCACAUGUAUUCUGUAAGUAUUUUUAUCCCUU